AAUUAAGAGUGAUACAGAAGGGAACAUAUUAGGGAAACAAUUAGAAACAGAACAAGAUAUGCAGCCUUAUAAAAUGGAAGCAGCAAAGGGAACUCAGAAAUUAGAAAGCUUUUUUAAUCUGCAAGAUGAAUCAAUGCAAGAAGGUUCUCAAGAUAUUUUAUCAAAUGAAGAGGAAGCCUUUAUGUUCGUCCAAUCAUCAGAAGACAUGGAGAGAAAAAAUGAAG